AGGAAUUCGGUGACGCCGAGAGGCAAGAAUCGUUCUCCGGGCGCGAGCCAUACCAAAGGUGCCCAAUCUCGUAUGAGUCUUCUUACUACGGACAAGAGUUAUGUGUGACGCAUCGUACCUACAAUGUAUCUCUCUCUCUCUCUCGGAGUGCAUGCCUGUUGACGCUGUUUGGCGAGAAACGGGCACGUAGGUCAACGUAAGAUUCUCGUAACCCCAUUAUGCGACUCUAACAAGGUGAGACAAACGCGGCGGGUGUUUCCGUGCUUGGUCGCGUUUCUCGCCAGCGCGCAAAGUUAAAAGUCGACUUUCGAAUCGAAAAAUAUGUGGCGCGCCAAGCGGAUAUCAGCGUCGAUAAGUUUUCGAUCUCGUAAUUGCGAGUUUGCUGUCGGUAGGUAUAUUUUUUCGUCGGUUCGUCGGAUCGAUAGUCGAUACGCCGUCUCGUGCACUUUGAGAGGGAACCCGAAGGGGCACGCACUGGCAAAAUCGAAAACGAAGGAGCGCGCAACUCGUUUCGAUACCCGCUUCAACUCGCUUUGCUUCUUUCGACGAUCGCACGCCUGCAAGUCCGUGGAACCGGUCCAGAAAUGGGACAACCGAUAUUUAACCCUGCAGCCUGCGCGCACGUAUUCGUACAGCUGGCUCGAGCCGAAGAAGUCGAGGUUGUGGAGGCAAUUCCGGGAGAAGAUAAUCGAAACGAGAAUUCGGCACUGAAUCACCAGGAUAAUGAGUUAAUUAAUUCCGAUCAAUUGGCAUUGGAUUCGAUAGCGGAUAAGGAUGCGGGAGGGAAUCACUAUAAACCGGGCGGCCUUCGAGGUCAUCCUCUGCUACCACCGGGUCGAGGUGCGUUAAGUUUACCGCGUCCGCACCAUAACGUGGCCUAUCAUGGCCCACCGCCACCAUUGCCACCUUCGAAAGCGCAACCGGAAGCUAUGGACAAGAUCUACAGCACUGGUGGCGGUGGCGUUAGCACCGCGGUCGGCGUCGAACCUUGGCCAGCGCCGACACCCGAUAUGCCCAAGAUCGUGUCGCUGGACGUGAAAUGUGAGAAAAGUCUGAUGAAGGUUUACUUGGGUUUCGAUAAGCCGUUCUACGGUAUGGUCUUUAGUAAAGGUCACUACAGUAGCAUUAACUGCGUACAUCUACCAGCGGGACUUGGUCGCACGUCCGUCAACUUCGAGAUCAGCAUACACGCGUGCGGUACGGCCGGCAAUACGGAGAAUGGAUUGUACGGAUACGGCGCCGAGUCUGGCUCCGGAACCUUCUUCGAAAACAUCAUAGUGGUGCAGUACGAUCCUCAGGUGCAAGAGGUCUGGGACCAGGCGCGUAAACUGCGCUGCACUUGGCACGAUCUGUACGAGAAAUCGGUCACUUUCCGCCCGUUUCCCGUCGACAUGCUGGACGUAGUUCGCGCGGAUUUCGCCGGCGACAACGUCGGAUGCUGGAUGCAGAUACAGGUCGGUAAGGGGCCGUGGGCUUCCGAGGUCUCGGGACUGGUCAAGAUCGGCCAGACCAUGACCAUGGUACUCGCCAUCAAGGAUGACGACUCCAAGUUCGACAUGCUUGUGAGAAACUGCAUGGCCCACGACGGCAAACGCGCCCCGAUACAACUGGUGGAUCAACGGGGCUGCAUCACACGGCCGAAAUUGAUGUCUAGGUUCACCAAGAUCAAGAACUUUGGCGCUUCGGCGUCAGUGCUGUCGUACGCCCAUUUCCAGGCGUUCAAGUUUCCGGACUCGAUGGAGGUUCACUUCCAAUGUACGAUACAGAUAUGCCGAUACCAAUGUCCGGAACAGUGCUCGGAAUCGUCGCCGCUUUUGGAGAGUCAGAGUCUUCUGGAGAAUCACCAUCAUCACUCGCCGACGAAUGGCCAUCCAGACGUCGGAUAUGCUCUUCCUCCUCCGAUCCCGCUGCCGUUGGAGGCCUAUUUGCAGGCAGCGGCUGGACGACCCCGGGACGAAAGGAGACGGAAAUCCCGAGAGAUCGUGCACAACCCGCAAAAGGCCGUAGGUGUCAAACGAAUUAUUCGCGUUGUCUCGACCGGUGAUCUCACCUUCUCCAUCGACGACGGCAACAACGCCGAGCUGAAUGGACCGACGAUGGUGUUUCCGCAACGUCACGAGAACACGGCCAGCUCGACCAUGAUCUGCAUGACUACUCCUGGAUUCGCGAUUACUCUCAUUGUACUACUCGCCGUUUUACUGUCCUCGUGUGUGCUGUCCGCUUACCUCUUUAUGCGUCUCAGGCCUUUCUCGGCGAGGGCCAAGAAAUCCACGGCGUUUUCUAACGUCGAACAGAAUGGCGCGACGAAGAAAUCUUUGAGAACGUGCUUCUACUCAUAGAGAUAUCUCUCGCGAGUCUCCGUGAUUCGAAUAUCUCGAUGCUGGAAGAAGGACCGUCAAGCUUUAUCAGUUUCCCUAGUUUUCUGCGAUAUCAUUUCAAUAUCAUUGGAGGUUAGUACUUUUAUAACACAGACUUCCACAAGUCCGAUCAUGCGGAGAAAAAGCAGUUAGUUUUGGCUGCGAAUACUUUGCCGAGACAAAAUAUUAACGGUAAAUGGAUGCAAGUCGUCUGUACUAUUUCAAAUACCUUUGGCCAUUAACCGACAGUAUUUUUUUGUACGUAUAUUUAUGCUUAUCCAGAAUUUCGAGCGAGUCGAGUUUUCCACACAGUGGAACAUCUUUUAGAAGGGGAGAGAGAGAGACCACUAGGGAACUUUAUGUAUACUGGUCUUCGAAAUUGCGAAUCUUCAGGUUUCGUAGAGGCUAUCGAGUGUCGCAAGCAUGACUCUAUGCAAAGCUACGUUUUCCUAACGUGCUAAUGCCAGUGGUAUUAUCUUACGAUAAUGUUACAAUACUCGUCACUUUCGUUCACUACUCCAUAGAGUUGUGUUUCGUCAUAAUGAAACUUAAGCUCAGGCCUUUAUAGGCAACAACAUACGGCGAUACGCCGAAAAUUUAGUCAAAGAUAAUCAAACAUGUUUCUGCGUUUAUUACUUAUCUACGUGUUUGUACUCAACUUCUUUCUCCGUUUUCCUUCUCUCGGUAUUUGGGAUUCUCGUAUAACAAUGGUUGCUCAACACGCGACUGGACAAUAAUACCAUAAUUUCAGAAAUUUUGCGGAAUUAGUCUACAUAUAGUAUUUAAGUAAUGUCAAUAAUGUUAUUGUUAAUAUUAUUAUUUAGAUUUAUUACACAUGUAAAUUUGUUAAAGAUGGGUAAAAUUCUAUAUUCUUCUAAAUAAAAUUAUAAAAUUGCAAUUGACAAAUAAGAUAAUUACAACUAUGAAGAUAUGGGCAAAACAAAUGGAUUAUGAAAAAAAGUUUUAAUUAUUUAAAACUUUACUUUAAUAGCUUUAUU